CAUAAUGCACCCGCUUUCGGGAAAUACCAGGCGGGGAAUAGGAAAAGUAAUACCAUGCGAGACCCCAUCCUGCGACAUUUAGCCGCUUUAAACAUCUAAAAACAAAGGAAUAGGUUGCACAGACAUACCAGGCUAUAGUUAAAUGUUCCUGGAUUUAUUUGGAAGAGCAUACAUUUUUGUCCAAGCAUGUUUUGAGUAAAGUAAAGAACGCGGAUUUGGCCCUCACGCGCUCACCAAGGCUAACUGAUCUGUUAGCAACGAUGCUGUGUUCCUCGUUUUGACGAGUGGCCAGAGUCCAAAUAGCUGUUUCGUGUUGCUUGUGUGCCUCUUGAAAGAAAAUGUCUGGCUUUAACUUUGGAACGGGUACUCUUGGUUCCUCUAACGCGGGGGGAGGAUACGCAUUUGGUGCCGCAACCAGUGCACCUGCUGCCAGUACUGGUGGCUUCUCUUUUGGGACUGCCCUGGGUACAGCAGCGGCUGCCCCUGGCUCCACUACCAACACCACGCCGUCACUUGGCCUAGGAGGCAGUCUGUUCGGUCAGAAACCCACUGGAGGAUUCUCUUUCAAUACACCAGCCUCAAGCGCUGCUGCACCCACUACAGGCCUCACAUUAGGUGCCCCGGCUACUACUGCUGCCGCCACAGGCUUUAGCUUGGCCUUCAACAAGCCCACCGCCUCAGCAACACCCUUCUCUCUGACCACCUCUGCAACCUCGUCGUCAGCCCCCGCUGGGGCAGGUUUAACGUUUGGGUCUGUCCUGACAUCCACGGCCCCGCAGCAGCCUGCAGGCGCUGGCUUCACCCUCGGCCUCGGCGGCACAACAACCUCCACAGCAGCCUCCACAGUCCCGUCACUCGGCGGGAGUCUCUUCUCCAACACUGCGUCUACAGGUUUGGGUCAGACCCUUGGAGGAGGUGGGUUAACAUUAGGUUCUUUGUUGAGUACUUCCACGGCUGCACCAACAGCCCCAGCCCCAAGUAUCGGCCUGGGUGGAGUCGACUUCACCACUUCAUCCGAGAACAAGAGUGACACAUCAUCUGGAGCCAAUGCACAGGACAGUAAAGCUUUAAAAGAUGAGAACCUGCCCCCUGUUAUUUGUCAGGAUGUUGAGAAUUUCCAGAAGUUUGUGAAAGAGCAGAAACAAGUUCAGGAGGACAUAAGCAGAAUGUCAUCAAAGGCCAUUACUAAAGUCCAAGAUGACAUCAAGAGCCUGAAACAGUUGCUGUCUGUUAGUGCAAGUGGUCUGCAGCGCCAGGCUCUGGCCAUAGACAAACUGAAACUGGAGACAGCGCAGGAGCUGAAAAAUGCUGACAUAGCACUGCGUACACAAAAGACACCCCCUGGACUUCAACAUGAGAAUACAGCUCCAUCAGAUUAUUUCCGUAGCCUGGUAGAGCAGUUCGAGGUGCAGCUGCAGCAGUACCGGCAGCAGAUAGAAGAGCUGGAGAACCACCUGACAACGCAGAGCAGUGGCUCCCAUAUCACUCCUCAGGAUCUGACCUUGGCCAUGCAGAAGUUGUACCAAACUUUUGUUGCACAGGCGGCCCAGCUCCAGUCUGUCCAUGAGAAUGUCAAGAUUUUGAAGCACCAGUACCUCUCCUACCGCCGAGCCUUCCUGGAAGACUCCACGGACGUCUUUGAGUCCAAGCGGGCGUCAAACAGGAAAUGGCAGAGCGCGCCGCGGGUCACAACGGGGCCCGCCCCAUUCUCCAGCGUGCCCAAUGCUGCAGCUGUUGCCAUGGCAGCCACGUUGACCCAGCAACAGCAGCCAACUCCAGGGACCCAGGCACCCUUGGGGACAGGGUUUGGAAACCCCUUUGCCACAGCAGUGGGCACUAGCUUGGGCUCUUCUGCCCUUGGAGGUUUUGGUGGUGGGCCGGGCUUUGGUGGGGUGGGGACUGGGGGGUCUUCUUUUGGCUUCUCCUCCACCAGUAAGCCCACAGGAGGCAGUCUGAGUGCAGGCUUCGGUAGCAGCACCACCUCGGGCUUCAACUUCAGCAACCCCGGCAUCAACCCCUCUGCCGGCCUGACCUUUGGCGUGUCUAACCAGCCCGCCACAGCCUUCGGCGCAGGGACGCCCCUGCUCCAGCUGAAGAAACCCCCGGCUGGUAAUAAAAGGGGCAAGAGAUAGAGGGAAAAAAAAAAAAAAAGUAAAAAUACAAAAGCCUCCGACUGAGCAGCUGACCAGCUUGGGGUUUGUAGCAACUAAGGCCUGUUCUCCCAAAAUCAUAGCAGCAGCAGCACUACUAAACUGACCAACUAUAGAAAAGAGGAAAUGAAAACCAGAGGAAAGUGUUGCAACGCAUCAACAUGACAGGAUUACUAAUCAUUUGAAGGUAUAUGCUUGGUAAAAAUAACAAUAAUAAUAAUAAAAAAAAACUAUUGACCAACCAGCAUUACAAUAUCUUUCCUGCAUACACUGGUUUCCAUUGUCCAUUGUUCGACAUUGAUUUGAUUCCAUGUCAGGCGCUAAACAUUUAAAUUAUCCACUUUAAUCCAGUUAAUCAGUGAAAUUUGAUUACUUGCAUCUCCUUCAUACUUGGUAACUCUAAAGGUCGGACAUUGGAUUCAUCUACUAAAUACGCAGCAGUGGACGUUAUUAUGCUUGGUGAGGAAAGUGGGACCAAAUCAAUAAAACGGACAGUGGCAUGUGAACAAAGGAUAAAUUAGUGUUAUGUCAUUUUAAACACGGUUUAGUUCAUUUGCAUGUUCUCAAAAAGUUUCGUGCACCCAAUGGUCUGCGGAGCUAUAGUGCUUCUGGGAAUGCCAGCCAAGGACAUUGCUGAGUCAGUUUCAAAUUGUUCAGUUAUCUGUGAGCAAUUGCUUUUGUCUGAAUAUUGUACAAGAUAGACAUGUGUUUUUUUUUUUUUUUUUUUUUUUUGUUUGUUUUUUUAUAGCUUGAGUCUGAUGGUCUGGUUUUCAUCGUGUUCACGCAAACUGUCAAUCACAGAACUACAAAUGGUUUUGCUCGUCCAAGAAAAGUUAAGAUGAGGCAAAGGGAAAGAUGCUUAUUGGUUGAUGAUGGGUUGGGAACGGGAUAUAGUAUAUGUCCUAGAGUGUCGGUGGGGAGCGUUAUCUGAUCCCAGACAGUUUUAUAAGCACAGUAGAGUCCAGGGUGGGUGUUUGGGGAAGCUUUAAGUUUUAUUUUUGUAUCAAGUAGAGAGAGAGAGACGACAUUAUGAGAGGGGUGGAGGAGGACUAGCACCUCGGGGGAGUCCACAAUGUAGUCCACAUAACCUGUGUUGUUUUUGCUUCAGUCCAUCCAUAAUAAUUACUUUUAAACAUGCCUUGUUUGCCCCUGUGUACUCCCGUAAGAUUUUGGAAUAAGAUGCGUUGUGCUAUUUGCAUUACAUGGCCCCCCUAUUGGAUGUUAAGUUAGUUGAAUCUGAAAGGGAUUUCUUAAGCGUACUCAACCAACUGAACUGAUUCAUGUGCUAGAACAAAUUUGCACUUGGUGUAUGUGACCUAACAGUGACUGUGUGAAUGUGCAUGUGUGCGUGUCGCACGAGUAUGAAUUUGUCUCUCUGGUCUGUCAUACUUCCUUUGAGUGUUAGGGGACGGUUGAGGGGUCGAUAUUCUGCUUUUUUUAAAUUGUCCAUGUCACUUUGGUUACCAAAUACUGGUAGUUGUUCUAUUGUUUUCUAAUCACAGUCUGUGGAAACCUGUAUUUUCAAGAAGCUGUUUAAUAAUAAAAUUGUCAAUAUGAUGUUUUGCCCAUUUAUGGCAUCUCUUCAAUAAAUGUGUGUUGACACAGA